AUGAGCGUAAUGUGCAUCGCUCUUGGGGCCGAGCGAAAGUAUGGCAAGGCAAGCAAGCUCGAGAACAUCUUCUGGGACAAGAUUCUGGAAAAGACGGGAACGAUUCAGUCCCACUGUACCAACAACAGAGAAUACACUUCACGGUUCGCCUCUUCCUCGCUAAGGCGGUCUGUGGCCUGGGUGCUGGAGAAGACAGGGAAAAACGAGCGAGGGAAAGGAGGAGACAAGGGACAGAAGAAGAACGAGGGGAAGGCUAAGGAGAAGAAUGAGAGAAAGGCUGACAAGAAUGAGGGAAAGGCUGAGAAGAAUGAUGGGAAGGUUAAGGAGAAGAAUAAGGAAAAGGCUGAGAAGAAGAAUGAUGGAAAUACUGCGAAGAAGGGCGAGAGAAAUACUGAGAAGAAGGGUGAGGAUGCGAAUGAAAAGAAAAGCGAGGAAAAGAGUGAGAAGAAGGGCGAGGAAAAAAGAAAAAAGAAUCACGAGGAUAUCCUAACCAUUGUAGAGGAUGAAACGACCGAGUGGGAAAACGACAUCAUCUUCGAAUGGACCAAGAAAGCGCAGAAGCUGGUUAAGAAAGAUGUCCACAACAUCUUUCAGGAGGGUGUCGAGCUACAUGGGAUGACCGUCGGCCAUCUCGUUCGUGGACUCAAGAACGCCGGCAAUAUUCCCAGCCUCACCGUCGAGCAACUCCGUCGUAAAGACAAAGAUCUUACUGUCGAGAAGGCGUGCAAAAUCAUCAUCGACCAGGCGUGGGAAUGCAGCCUAGAGCACUUUCUCCGUGAGAACAAGAACCAAGGGACUUGCAAAGCAGCAAAAAGGGUUCACUACAUUCCGCCCAAGAACGUUGUCGUGGGAUUUCGUAAAAGGAGCUCAUCGGAAGGACCAACACCAACGGGAACAAUGGUCGGAUCUGAUGAACGGAAUGAACCGCGAAGGCGAUCAUUCGACCCAUCCAGAGACGUGGAAUCGUUCGAAGAUCAAACGAUCCAUAGUGAAGCACCCUAG